AUGAUUUCCAUCAAGACGCUCGCUAUUCUCUUGUUCUCUGCCAUGGCAGUUGAUGCCGUUACAGUGGUUGGCAAAGCUGAAGGUUUCGCUGCUUCAGCGACUGGAGGCGGCUCGGCUCUUGGAGCAAGUCGAGCAAAUAUCAAUCAGCUAGUUACCUGGCUUUCCGAUGGGGUUGCACGUACCAUCGUCCUUGACAAAAACUUGGGACUUCACUGGAACCCAUGGGCGAAAAACCCGAGAAAGGCUGCACGCCCCUCUCUAACACCUGCACCAAAUGCACCGGACAGGAUUCCUUUGAUAUCUAUGGCUGGUGCGAGUCCUCAUCAAAUGCCAACCAAGCUCUCGCCAAGCCAACUAUCACUUAUGAUGUAG